GGCCGGGCCGGGAGGCGGAACGCGCGGCCCCGCUGAACCCGCCGCGGGGCCUGCGGGAGCAGCAUGGCCGCCAGCCUGUGGAUGGGGGACCUGGAGCCCUAUAUGGAUGAAAACUUUGUUUCAAGAGCCUUUGCCACCAUGGGAGAGCUUGUACUGAGUGUAAAAAUCAUUCGAAACAGGUUGACAGGAAUUCCAGCAGGCUAUUGCUUUGUAGAAUUUGCAGAUCUAGCUACUGCAGAGAAAUGUUUACACAAAAUCAAUGGAAAGCCGCUUCCUGGUGCUACACCGAUUGUACUUAAGAAGUUUUCUUUUGAUCUCUUCAGUCCAGAAUAUUCCCUUUUUGUGGGAGACCUGACUCCUGAUGUGGAUGAUGGGAUGUUAUAUGAAUUUUUUGUUAAAGUUUAUCCAUCGUGUAGAGGUGGAAAAGUUGUUUUGGACCAGGCAGGAGUAUCCAAAGGUUACGGGUUUGUGAAGUUCACAGAUGAGCUGGAGCAGAAGAGAGCACUGACAGAGUGUCAGGGAGCUGUGGGGUUGGGCUCCAAACCCGUGCGAUUGAGUGUGGCUAUACCAAAAGCUAACCGCGUGAAACCAAUGGAGUACAAUCAGAUGUACAACUACAACUACAACCAGUAUUAUCAACAGUAUCACAACUACUACGCCCAGUGGGGGUACGACCAGAACACGGGCAGUUACAGCUACAGUUACCCCCAGUAUGGCUACACACAGAGCACCAUGCAGACAUACGAAGAAGUUGGGGAGGAUGCACUGGAAGAUCCCACGCCUCAGUUAGACGUCCACGAAGCGAACAAGCAGUUCAUGGAGCAGAGCGAAGAGCUGUACGAUGCCUUGAUGGACUGUCACUGGCAGCCUUUGGACACUGUCUCCUCAGAGAUCCCAGCUGUGUUAUAGCCUCGUUGCUGAGGCACUGUGGCUGUGGAAUAUCCCACCAGUGCACUCCGGACUGAUCCGCCGGAUCCCGCGGGAUCAGAGGUGGCCCUUUCCCCACCCAGGCCUGGGACUCGGAGUACAGGAGGACUGUGGCCCUUUUCCUGUACAGAACAAGUGUCGUAGGAGCAUCAUGGUAACCUUGAUUCAUGGUGAAAAUUAGAACUGCAACAGGUUUAUUCCUUUUUGUCUUGAAAUGAACUCCUGAUACUUGUUGGGAAUUGUAAUUUAUAAACUUUCGACGAGGUGGCACAGGGGAGAGACUCUACCCCAUCCUACAAUAAAAAAGUUGGUCUUUUAAGUACAAAUUACCCCUUGCAUUUUGGUUCCUGCCCAUUUUGGUUCUUUCUGUUUGGCUGCCCAUUCAACUUGUCUCCAGCCAUUUGGCCCAACACUUGUGAAUGUGUUACUUUUAAAAAGAAAGAUCAUUGUUGGAUGCCACUGAAAGGUCUCCAAAGGUUUCUAGUGACUGGGUAAGGUUGCUGUAACUUGAGCACGGGAUGAAAACUUGUGUUCUGGUUAAGCUAAGCUGUGAUCAUGAGCUAGAAAGUUUGGUGUUCUUAAACAACCUACCUGAAGAGCACUUUGGAGAGAAAAGACAGAAAGGAGUGUUAGAAAACUACAGACCAAUGCCUUUUACCUGGUGAUCUCUUGCACACCUGACUUGCUUCUCCACCUGUGUGUGAGGAAAUAAUUCCCCAUCAGCCAAGCAGUUUAAAAACACUUUAACCAGCAACCAUAUUUAAAUGUUAUUUUGUGUAUCAUGCCUUUAUUUUUUUAUUGGUCUCGUUAAUGUUGAGAUUUUGUAGCGUCUUCCACUGUCCUGCCAGAGGGAAACAGAAGAUCUUGCAGCAAAAAACGGGUCAGAGCAAUCUCACUGAUAUAUUGUGCAACAAAUUGUUGUGAACCUGGAAAGCAGUUUUCUACUGGAUGUUGUAUGAGCUGGGUGGACAAGCAAUAUAAAUAAGCUGAUAUUAUGUUGCAUUAGAGGUGAAAGUGAAAAUAAUAGCACUUAUGUACGUAUUACAAGCCCUUUUCAGGCUUUUGUGCCUUAAACUCUUGGAGAAAUAGGAACAGAGAAACUACCUGUAAUAAAUGUCUAUCCAAGGAAUAGUUUGGUAACUGAAAUUGCUGCUGCCGAGCGUUUCGUUGCCUCCCUGCCCAUGUUGAUGCAGAGAUUUGCCACAAGAUUUAAAUACUUUGAUAAAGCUACUUCUACUACACCUUUGUUUGUGUCCAUAAUUAUGAUCUAUUUGUCAGUCUGUGGUUUUUUCCUUAACAACUGCACCUGGGGAUGCGAGGGACUGGAGUUAAGUUUUCCCUGACCGAGUGGAGCUGGAGGACUGCUGGACUCCUGCCUUCUCAUCUGCUGUGAAUUAUCCCUCCUGCUGUGCCCCUAACUGUGCUGCUGCCAAUGUCCUCACCUUCAGAUCCUCUGAAUUUGAGGAAAGGAAUGUGCCCUGUGUGUUCUGGGAGUUUCAGAGGCGGCAGAAGUGGAAGAGAGCAGAGCUUUUAUAUCUUCUGCUCAGCUCAGAGCAGCCCCUCUUCCUGGGAAGUUCAGUGGAGUGGCAUUUCAGAGCUCCCGGCCGUUAUUGCAGCGUCUGAAGCACAGAAGAGGCUUUUAUGUGGAGCUCCAAAACAGCCCAUCACCUGGAAUUUGUAGGGUUUGUGCUUUGGAAUCCAAGUCAAACAGAGUGUGGGAUUUUUUUUUUCUCCUGGGUGGCUACAGGAAAAGCCUGGAUUAAUUACCAUUUAGUGUCACAUGGGAUGAAAGACAAGGACUCCGUGUAGUAAGGGCUCAGGCAGGGAGCAUUCCUGGGCUUUUCCAGCUGAUUUCCCACGGUGGCUGUGCCUUCAGCACCUGCAGCUGUUCCAGCACUGCCUUCCAACCCUUUGGCAGGUGCUCCCACUUUAAAUCCUUUCCAUGGAUUAUGGAUCACGAGCCAGGAGUCUGACAGAGCAUCCUGGUGAUCCCGGAGUGUGGGAUGGCUGGUGGCAGCCUCGCUCUGGCAGCAUUCUGCAGGAUUCCUGGGUGUUUCAGAGCUCUCCUGCCUGAUGGAUAGACCCCAGGAAUUACUCACUGAGAGAGAAUGAGAGCUUGUGAACCCUCUCCCAGGGGGUCUGAUUUGCUUCCUGUGGGCCUGAGUUGUGGGGAAGCUGCAGCGUGGAGCAAGUCUAAGCAGAGCGUGGAGCUGAAUUGAGCCCAUUCCUGAGGGGUUCGUUGCCAUGUGGUACUUUACCAGUCCUCCAGCAGUGGGAGCUCUGCAGAGCCAGAUCCCGGCUCCUUCUCGAGCCGUGAGCUUCUCCGGGCAGGAUCCACUCCUGGGCUCCACUCACCCACAUUGCAGGGACAGGGAACUGCUUUGGCUCCGGGUGCUGCUCAAGAUCCUGUUCUGACACUGCGUGGAAGAGCAGUCCCUUCUGUGGGGUUUCCUCAGGAGUGGAGUUAUUUAAUAUUAGUGGAUAUUAAAUCUUGGAGGCUCAAUAAACACAAUUGUUUGAAA